UCAGAUUUUUUUUAUUGUCUUUCCAACACUGUUUAAGGGGUUAUGUUAAUUUUUUGACGUUUUUAACGUGACAGGUGACAGCUGUCUCAGCUUACAAACAAUUUUAAUUUUUCCCAGUAAUAUUUCUCUUAAACAUGCCAAAACAAAAACUCAGACCCAAGAAACCAAUAUCCUCCUUAUUCUCAAUGUCAGCGGAUUGUGUGGCAUCCAAUUUGAUUUUUUACGAGAACUUGAAUUAUUUGCCCCCUUAUAUCAAGGCAAUAAUCUUGCGCAAAUUAUUAAGAGGCAAAUUUGCAAAAAAUGUGAAUAAAUUACUAUCGGAUUUAAUUUAUCCCGACCUGAACCACAUAAACUUAUCGUCGAUAUACGUGGACGAUGGCACGUUAAAAGUGCUGAAAAGUUGCAUUUAUCUGACUGAAAUAAACUUGCGAAAUUGCGACAAUCAAGGGUUUUCAAGCGAAAGCUUGAAGAUGUUAUUGAAACAAACAGGCAGGUUAUUAGUUCUUGAUAUUUCGCACUGCAAACAAUUUAACGAUGAUGCACUGACGUGCUUAUCAACCAACUGCCAAAACGUGCGAGAGCUAUUAGCGGAAAAUUGCAGCUUCACAGACGCUGGACUUGCAGAUUUGGCCCAAAAUAACAAAAAACUAGAGUGCCUUACAGCAUCCAACAACAAUAUUAGUGGGGAUGGUAUCAGCAGAGCUGUUCAGAAUAAGAACUGGCGAUUUUUACGAGAAUUGCGAUUAGAUAACUGCCCGAAAAUCACAGACGAUGCUUUAAAAACUGUCAUAGAAAACUGCCCAAAAAUAGAAAUUCUGACUUUCUUCAACUGCGAGUUAGGAGACGAAACAUCAAUAUUUCAAGACAUUUCAAAAACUUGCACGAGACUUAAACAAUUGCAUUGGACGGUAACGUGGUAAUGAAACAACACAACCCUUUUAAACAUUUAUUUCUUAUACUUGUAAUUAUUUGAAUAACUAGAUACAUAAAUACAAAAAUGAAAUCUA